AUGUCGUCCGGCGACGCACAGCUCUUUGAGGAAACCUUUGUGGUGACAAACUACGAUCAGGCAAAGUACGACCGCGUGGCGCGCAUCACGGCCACAUCCAACGACAAUGCCACGCAAAUGACCCUGGACAUCAACAUUGAGCUCUUUCCCUGCCGCGUGGGCGACCCGCUGAGCGUCGUGCUCGCCACCACCCUGAGCCUCGACGGCAAGGCUGGCGAGGAGGAGCGCGGCUGGCGGGACGUCAAGGCCGGUACCGAGACGGCCAGCCUGGCGGACAACUACGACUACGUGUGCCACGGCAAGAUUUACAAGUUUGAGGAUGGUGCUGAUGGUCAGAGCAUCAAGGCAUACAUUUCAUUUGGCGGUCUGCUCAUGAUGCUUGAGGGACCUUCCAAGAAGCUUCUCCCUCUGCGAGUCGACAACACCUAUCUGCUGGUCAAGAAAUAG